CAGUGUUUGAAAAACGUAUUGAAAGUCCGAUUCAAUUGUCUGUGAAGUGACCACUCGUUUCACUGCACCGACUCUUCACCACUACUUCACAUCACUUCCAACAGAUCCUUGUGGUGAUAACAGUAAUCGCAUACCUCGUGGGCGUCAGACAUGUAUAACGGAAUCGGUUUACAGACGGCUCGUGGCAGCGGUACCAAUGGCUACGUCCAGAGGAAUAUGUCUUUUGUGAAGCAAAUGAAGGAUAAGAUUCAAUACAAGAGCGAAGACGACUUCAAACGUCUGGAGCGGGAGUUGAAUAGAGUUCCCAAUCAAGAGAUCUUAGAGCAUCAGAACAAACGACAGAUUGAACUCAAAUGUCUUCAGCUCACAGAGGAUAUGGAGAGCCAGGGCUAUUCGGACGGAGAGAUCGAGAGAGUGGUUGACAGCCGUCGCAGAGAAUGGACUCAAGAUAUGCAUCAGAAGAAGAACUACAGCGGGAAGAAGGAGUGGAUUAUGGAUAGAGAGGGUUCGCCACAAAAGUAAGACACC